AUCAUAUUGAACGAAUACCACCAGGACUGAUAGAUAGAUAUAUCUACCGACCUCCUUCUACUUUCCUACCUCUCUCUCUCUCUCUCUCUCUCUCUCUCUCUCUCUCUCUCUCUCUUUACCAUACGAGCCAAAGUAUCGACUGGUACCACGAAGAAGUAUACCUACCUAGUACUUCACUUCAUACCUUACCUCAUCCUGCUAGCAUUGCAUCUCUCCCACAUUUCCCCAACCCAAAAUAAGUCAUAAAUCAUUCGACUAGUUGAAUCCAACUUCCAAACUUCCAACUUACCAGACCAAACUUCAAAUACAGCUCAGCCCCUUCAAAACAAACACAAUCCCUCGUUUUCUCUAUCGGCAAUCAUAUCUAUCGAUCUAUUUGUUGCAUUACUUCUUGCUCUGCUUUACACAUCUACCGCCAUUCCUGAUUUCACUGAUUCGAUUUCACACAACUGCCCCACCAUCUAUCUAUCUACCUAUCUAUCGAUCGAUUUAUUCACUGCCCCUCCUUCGAACUUGCUCUCCUCGAAUAAAGAAAGUUCCUGUUAAGCUAUAAAGCUACACAACACAACCCAGCAUACAAUCACAAAGCUCAUGAUUGCGCGAUUACCAAUUUACAAAACAAAUUACAUUGAAUUUCAUUCUCCUUCUUCGUUCUUGAGGAUCUCUCCACAAAUUUCAUCAUGACCGUCUUUGUGGUCUCCCUUUUUCUCCCAAACACAAUUAACUUCAAACUUCCUUCCAAUAAUUCUCGUCCCCCUACCAGAUCCAAGCUUCACCCAGAUUCCCAAUCAGACGCUUCCCGCUCUGGACGUCCAGGUGCUGCCAGAAGAACUACUACCAGAAUCGAUACUGGCAAACCAAGUCUUUUCGGCCACCAAAGAGAUAUCACUCCCCCAGCAACACCAAUACACGAUGUUGAUCAUGAACAAUUCUUCGCUCAAACCGACCCUUUAAAUCUAAAAGCCUCCCUUCCCAUACAAGAGAACCAACAUUCCAUAAUCGCGCCCAGCGAUCCCCAUUCACCAGCAUGGGGUGCAGGAAAGAUGUUCAACCAACCACGCUCCCGAGCCAGUUCUCCUCCUCCCGCAGAUAUUCUCAAACAUAAUAAAAUGAAGGAGAAGGCAGAGCUUCUUGGAAGCGCUGGAGUUCGUCAACCACAAUACAAAAGAAGUGACAGUCAUGAUAGGGUUUUUGCAAAUGCCGAAUGGGAAGUUGAGCCAGCGGAGCAAGGUAAUGGGGGUUUAAGAAAUGCCGUGCAAGCUGCAGUCAGAAGCGGAAACCUUGAGGAUAAGAUUUGGGUCGGUACACUAGGAAUGCCAACGGAUGCUCUCGAACGUCAACAAAAGCAGGACAUUGACGAUCGUAUGGCUACGGAGUACGAUUCUUUGACGGUUUUCUGCAAAGAUAGCGAUUUCGAUGGUCAUUAUACGCACUAUUGCAAGCAGAUUUUAUGGCCCGUCUUCCACUACCAGAUUCCCGACAAUCCCAAAAGCAAGGCUUACGAGGAUCAUUCUUGGGUUUAUUAUGUCAAAGUGAAUCAAGCUUUCGCAGACAAGAUCGUCAAGUCAUGGAAGAGAGGUGAUGUUAUCUGGAUCCAUGACUACCAUCUUCUACUGGUACCUUCAAUGAUCCGUAAAAAGCUUCCAGACGCUAAGAUCGGGUUCUUCCUUCACGUUGCAUUUCCAUCUUCAGAAGUAUUUCGAUGCUUGGCGGUUCGCAAGGAACUACUUGAAGGUAUGUUAGGAGCAAAUCUUAUUGGGUUCCAGAUUCAAGAGUAUGCACGCCAUUUCUUGCAAACCUGCAGUCGUAUCUUGAUGGUCGAAGCCACAAACGAUGGUAUUCAACUCGAGGAUCGAUUUAUCGAUGUUAUUAAUCUCGCAAUUGGAAUUGAUCCCGUUGCUCUGGAUAUGAACCGCCUGGACCCUAAAGCUACCCAUUGGUUGAACACGAUGCAAGAGAGAUACCGUGGUAAGAAACUCAUUGUUGCACGAGAUAAGUUGGAUCAUGUACGAGGUGUACGACCUAAGCUCUUGGCGUAUGAGCUGUUCCUAAACAAAUACCCUGAAUGGCGAGACAAAGUUGUUCUUAUCCAGGUAGCAACCUCUACCACAGAGAAUGCCGAACUCGACGCGACUGUUUCAGAUAUUGUUACUCGAAUCAACUCUUCAUGGGCAAAUCUCGCUUAUCAACCAGUCGUUUACCUGAAGCAAGAUAUCAUCUAUCCACAAUACCUAGCUUUACUCACAGUCGCUGAUGCCUUGAUGAUUGCAAGUCAGCGUGAAGGAAUGAAUUUGACAUGUCAUGAGUAUCUGUUUUGUCAAGAUGGCAAGUUCGAAGGUCACAACAAGCAUGGAUCUCUUAUCCUUAGUGAAUUCACUGGUAGUUCUUCUAUCUUCGGUGGUAAUGAGCUAUCUGUUAAUCCUUGGGAUUAUCGCCAAUGCGCCGAUGCAAUCAAACAAGCUCUUGAAAUGGAGGAUGAAGAGAAAGAAGAACGAUUCACAAAACUUCAUGCAGCUGUCAUGCACCACACAGGAGAACAUUGGUUUAACGAAUUCCUUCAUCGCCUCGACAAGGUCUAUGAUGAGCAGCACAAGAGGGAAACCACAUCUGUUCCUCGUCUCUCGAUCAACAUACUUGGCCAAAAGUAUCAGAAGUCGGAGCGUAGGCUCUUCAUUAUUGAUUAUGAAGGAACUUUGGCAUCAUGGGGCUCACCGAGCAGUAUUAUUUUAACAAGCCCGCAACGCACAAUUGAUACUCUUAAUGAUAUUCUACAAGACGAAAGAAAUACAGUCUAUGUAAUGUCUAGCAGACAACCAGAGGAGCUUGACCGUUUAUUCAAACGAGUUCCACGUCUUGGCCUCAUUGCUGAAAAUGGCUGUUUCCUUAGACAAUUUGGAACUUCGGAAUGGACCGAGAUGGCCGACCCCGAAAAAAUGCGCGCAUGGAAAGAUUCGGUUGAAGGUAUCAUGGCUUAUUAUACCGAGCGAACCCCAGGAUCUUGGAUUGAGACAAGACACUGUAGUUUGAUCUUCCAUUACAAGAAUGCUGAAGACUUCGAAACUGCAACUCGACAAGCAGGUGAUUGUGCAAGCCACAUUAAUGAUGCAUGUGUUGAGCAAAGAGUUAGAGCUCUUCCUCUUGAAGGAGCUGUUGCAGUAGAACCAAUUGACUGGUCAAAGGGUACAGCUGCCAUGAAGAUAUUCGAAGGCCUUGCCAAAGACAUGUCACCUAACGCUGAACACACUUCUCCUGUCGAUUUCUUACUAGUGAUAGGUGAUGGUAGAGAUGAUGAGGUUAUCUUCAGAUGGGCCAAUGAUUUGGGCAGAGCUAAGAAGGUUGAUAAUGUUACAACUGUUAGUCUGGGGAGUAGAAAUACUGAAGCUGGGUAUACACUUACCCAGGGUGUUACUGGUGUCUUGACAGCUUUACAAAAGCUAGCUCAAUUAUCUUAGAAUGUUUUUAUUGAUGGGUUGCAUUUCUUUACAAGAAGAAAUGAUUGAAAUGGGAUAGUUUUCGGGAAUAACACACUGAGACGAUGAUAUAGAUGAUUUUAUGAAUGGUUCUAAUAUGGCGGCAUAGCGAGGGCGUUCUUUCGUUGUUAUCUUUUCUGUUUCUUUUCCUCUUUCUGUAAAGUUUUUUUUUUCUUUUCUUUCCUUUUGGAUUGGAUUGAGGGAAUAGAAUUAAACACAUACUUACAGACAGAACAUACAUACAUAUGUUAUGAGAAAGUACUCGGAAAUUAUGAUAUACAUAUAUGCGUACA